AUGGAUGCGGUGCUACGGAUGUCCAGGUCAACAAUUGGCUUUCACGCCGACUGGAGUGCCGGCUGCCUCGACAGCGCCAGCAGCGGCAGAGACAAGCGCUCCGCCAGGCGAGACGACCCCGAUCCCAACAGCGCCCCCGGCCACGACCACUUCGGCGCCGGAAACGGCUGUCCAGACUACGGUGCCACCGACCACGACCGAGCAGGGUGCCACCACAGCACCGGCUACCACUGCCACUCAGACCUCGGCUCCAUCGACUACGGCCGCUCCCCCCUCGGGCACCACGAGCGCCGCCGUGUCUUCCGAAACAUCUCCGCCUGCCACCACCACGUCGGCAGACUCUUCCACCUCUGUCGCCUCUACCACAUCUACUCCGACGGCUAG